AUGAAAGAUAUUUUAUAUAGGGGAAAUACCAAUCAAGUAGAACAUUUAUUAAGAAAGAGAUUAGGCCCAACUGCCUCUGCUAGUUAUGUAUAAUUUGAGGCUGGUUUAAGAGAUGAUCUUUAAAAGGAUAAGAAAUUAGUCGAAUUGGAAAGAAAAUGGAAUAAUAUUCCGUUUAAAGACCGAAAAGAAUUCCCAAAAUUCCUUCCUAAAUUGAAAGAUGAGCUUUAAAUGAGAAAAACAGCUAAAUUAUCAGGGGAAAAAAUAAAUUUAUAUCAUGAUGGAUUUGAUAGAUAUCUAGCUUUACCGAAAUUUAAUUAGAAAUUAAAAGAAAAAAAUAUCGCAGCUAAUAUUCAUUUACUUACUCCAGAUGCUUUUACUUCUACAGUAUAAUGGGAGACUUCUUUAAGGUCAUGA